CCACAACCGGCCGACAACAGGCCCAACCCGCAUCCUCACCCUCACCCUCAGCCUCGCCUUUACCCUUGCAUUCACACUGAGCUUCACCACGUUUACAUUGCACAUGCCGGCUCUCGUGCCUUCUCUUCUCGUGAUAACCCUCCCAAUCGGGCUGCUCACAGCGCCUGCUACGCCCCAGCCUCCGUUCGCGCCCCGGCCCCCCUCUCUCUGCCUCUGACACGUCCUUGA